AUGGCUGAAUCUAGCAUCAUCAAUUCUAACGCUCCACUUCAAACCCCUCCACCAGAUCGACAUUCCUUAUCUGAACAAAUUAACAUAGCAACCAGAGCUGUACAUGCCCAGCUCAACAGACUGAUCCUCCUUCGUUUGCCCCUCGCUUUACCUCCAUAUACCACGAAUCCGUCCAUAUACGUCUCGGGUAUCCUCCACAUUGCGCCCAUUUACAUUACCUUCGAAUCAUUAUGGCAAACUAUAAUAGAUGCCCCCAGCCUUCCAGUGUCUCUCGACAAUGGACAGAUAAGAUCAGAUUUUCCCGGUGGAAGACAUGAUUCACUAGACUCUCAGGCUUCUAAAGUCUGUUCAAGAACUCAGUCUCUACUUUCACAUCUGCUCCUCCCUGGUCUCCUGCGUUCAGGGCGUCUUCAAGCUGAUAUUCGUACUUUGACUGGAACCCCGGAUCAUAAGAUUGAAGAGCAAUUGAAGGCAGUCUCGGAUAAGGGACGGCUAGCAGAGUUCAUUGCACACACCAAAAAAUCCGUGCAAACAAAUCCACAUGUUUUAUUGGCAUAUGCAUGGGUGUUAUAUAUGGCUUUGUUUUCGGGUGGUCGAUAUCUUCGAGCUUCACUUAAGACGGCAGGUGGAUUUGAAGACUUUUGGGACAGGGAUCCCUCUCCCGUGCGCCCAUACGAGACCACGAGACCAUCAGGAACCACCAAAUCCCCUGGCAAAGGACAUCCGGAACAAGAAGUGCGUCCUUCUGCUCGUCGACAGACACGCUCUGAAUGUAGCCAAAUGAUGAAGAAACAAGGUCUUCAAUUCUUCGAUUUCGUUGGCGAUGAGGAUGGUGAAGACAUUAAACGCGAAUUCAAACGGCGUAUAGCCGAAGCUGAAGUCCUCUUAACAGAUGGCGAGAAAGCCGACAUUGUCAAGGAAGCGCAAGCAAUCUUCUCGUUUCUGGUCAUGAUGGUUUCCGAACUAGAUUCAAUAUGUGGAAGUACGGCAGAAGAUUUGGAGACGGUGAAAUCCUCACAAUUCACGAGAUUACACCAGGAACACAAACCAUUGAAAAUGGCUCGGGGAAGUAUCGCUCUUACACAAGCACGCCUCUCGAAAAUGAGAGAAGACAAAAGUUCUAAUGAAGAAGAAGAACGAUUGGAGCGAAAACCAAGUCUCUAUGCAUCAUUCAUUCAAGCUCCUAUGGCUAAAUUGGUGAGAUUUAAAGAUGAAUAUCCUGGUGGUACAGCAAGGACAUUGGUAAGAAAGUGUUCUACGAUCUCCCCUUCUACCCAGGGCGGAAGCUCUCUAGAAGAAACAAAUAUGAUAACUCCCGAGACAAACCUCUUUGUGAGACUUUUGACAUUGGGAGGGCCACUAGUAGCAUUGACGGCAGCAUUUGCCACUUGGUACUACGUUGGCUAG